AUGUCCAAACUUUUUAUUGGUGGCCUAGCAUGGCACACCGACGAUCAGACCUUACGCACCAAGUUCGAGGAGUUCGGUCAGGUUGACGAGGCCAUUGUGGUCAAGGACAGAGAUACUGGUCGCAGCCGUGGCUUCGGUUUCGUCCGCUUCAGUGAUGACGCUGGCGCUCAUGCCGCGAUCGCCGGAAUGAACAACGUUGAGUUCGAUGGCCGCACUAUCCGUGUGGACAAGGCUUCUGAACGUGCUGGCGGCGGUGGUGGCGGCGGCGGAGGGUUCGGUGGUGGACGUGGCGGCGGCUACAGUGGUGGUGGUGGAAGCUAUGGAGGCGAUCGUGGCGGCUACGGCGGUGGUGGACGUGGCGGCGGAUAUGGAGGCGGUCAGAGUCAAGGCGGCUAUGGUGGUGGUCAAGGUGGCUACGGCGGCGGCGGAGGCGGCAACAACUGGCGUCAAGGCGGUGGAGGUGGCGGCGGCUACCCGCAGGGCGGCGGCGGCGGCGGCUACGGCGGUGGCGGAGGAGGGUACCAGCAACAGUCAAAUGGCGGCGGAUAUGGCGGUCAGCCCCAGGGUGGCCAGCAGCAGGGUGGCUGGUAG